UUCUAACCCUAAGGUGAGCGAGUGUCCGUGCAUUCUUGAAGUGAGGCUGACAUCGUUCCAGUUGAUUUCAAUCCUCGUUUCGCUCCCACCUCUCUUGAUGCUUUGUCUCCCAUUUUCGCCUUGUGGCGAGCCCACGCCAUACCACGCAGUACCUGCGCCCACAGUAAAGCCCUUGAUUCCGAUUUGGGAUAGGUUACAAGGGCUUCCGGGCUUAUACUCCUGCUACGUGGCUCGAGAAGCUGCGGUCUUCGGUAUGGCUGUUGACGGAUCGGGCUGAGGAGUUCAUAUCGUCCCAGAGGCUCAAGCAAAAGCCAGCGAGCGAGAAGAUUCCCUCGUGGAUGAACGGUGUAAAGAUCCUGAGCGUCUUUCCGCACCAUGAUCAUUGUUCCCUGGCCGCGGGCGGGAAUCUGCCCUGUCGUGCCAUCUGGGAUGGGUCAAAAGGCUUUCUUUGGAAGGCCGAGGAAGAUGCUGCUAUUGGUCGUCCUUCUCUUUCCCGGAGUCGAGAGCUCGAGAGUGGUCAGUCUGUGGGGUCUCACAAAUCGUGGAUGUUCUGGGUCGAACGGCGUUUGCUUUCAACCGAGUGGUUUGUGUUUGAUCAUUACUUUGCGGUCUGGGAAGGUCGAGCAUGUAGGAAGCGCUCCGGAUGGGUUAGUCGAUCUACGACGAGACUCGUUGAUCCCUCUGGGAGAGAUAUACGAAUUGGGUUGGCCCGCAGAACGCCGCCUCGGGCGGCCUCUGGCGACCAGUCUGCAUGUCCCGCAAGAAAAUUAUUCCUCGAAUCAUCUCACACCCUAGCUCAUAAUCAUUCUGCCCCUCUCUACCGCCGCCUUGUCGUUUCUGCCUUUCCUCGCGAUCGAAGGCGUCAGCAGAGCCGGCAAACCUCGAUACCGCCUUUGUCUCCGUCACCCUCCCCAUGGAUCCCUGAGCCUAUUUGCGCAAGUCAAGUCUCGACUCGAUAUUCCGUCCUCUCUUCGGUUUCCCACGUGCUCGAAGACCAGCUGUACCGCUUCUUCUCCCGCACUGUCCAUCCGUCUCCACUAGCACGCCGAAUCCGACUCCUGCUGUCCGUCGGCGAAGACCCCACCAGGGUAGAGUCAUGCGCUCGAGCCUUCACACCGUGGCAGGUUGUUAGAUCCCCGGUCAUAUGCCCUUCAGAGCUCGUACUUGUGGGCGGGCAUGUGGGACAUAGUUGCGAGCGCUGCGAGGGCUGCGUGUUUUGAAAGAGAGGCGUCGAGUUGGGCGAAGUGCCGGGUAAAGGGGUUUCUUCCGGCAGCGGCAAGGUGACUGAGACUUGGCCAGUUGAUGAGACUCGCCGGUCUGACGUGACAAGUGAUGAGCGAGCAGAGUAGGGGUGUAGA